ACGGGCAACCCUAGCAACAAUUAUCGUUGUAACAUGCCCCAAUCGAAGUUCUCUUCUCUCUUUCUCUCGUUCUUGCUCCACUACCUCAUCAUCCCUAUCGCUAGUGAUCACUCAGCACCUCCUUAUACUCCUACCGAAAACAUCACCCUCUCCUGCGGCUUCUCCGGCAACUCUAUUCCAUCACUAGAUGGUCGAAUCUGGAUUGGAGACAUACAACAAUUACAGAACAAUCCAUCAGUGACCUCCGCAACCGCUCAACCACCACCCUCCAUCACUGUACCCUACUUCACAGCACGCCUCUCUCGCUCCGUGUUCACCUACGUAUUCCCGCAGGUCACUUCUGGUAAAAAAUUCAUCCGACUAUACUUCUACCCAGCUACAUACCAAAACUUUGAGCGCUCUAAAGCCCUCUUCUCUGUCAAACUCGGUUCCUAUACUCUUCUUCACGAAUUUAAUGCAUCGGUUACUUCCGAUGCCGAUGCUAAUCCGUUAGAUACUAUACAAAGAGAAUUCUGCAUCAAUAUUGAAGAUGAUCAAGGGUUAAACAUAACGUUUGUUCCAAGCCCUACUGACUUGGAGGCAUACGCAUUCAUCAACGGAAUAGAAAUCGUAUCGAUGCCACCAUACCUCUAUUAUACUCCAGCCGAAGAGGAAAACCCGGGGUUUGAGUUUAUCGGCCAACCAAACAAUUUGGCGCGCAUCGAAAACAACAGUGCUCUCGAGAUGCUAUACCGAAUAAACGUGGGUGGAGCUGACAUCUCGCCUGCUAAAGACACAGGUAUGUUUCGGAUGUGGUUAGCUGACGACGACUAUUUGACAGUGCCAGGGUCAAGUGUUUUACCUGUUAACUUGACUAUUCACCUCCUGUUUAACCGAAUUGCUCCUUACACCGCGCCAGAAGAAGUCUUUCGAACAGCUCGGACUAUGGGGAAGGAUAAGGCAACAAACAAGAACUAUAAUCUCACCUGGGAGUUUCCUGUGGAUUAUGGGUUCGAGUACCUGGUUAGAUUGCAUUUUUGCGAGUUUCAGCCAGAGAUUAGUAAAGCGGGUGAUAGAGUGUUCCUCAUUUACAUAGAUAAUCAAAUUGCGGAGAAAAGAUUCGACGUGUUUUCAUCAGCUGGUGGAAAAGGCGUUCCGAUAUAUAUGGACUACGCAGUCUUGAUGCCUAGUGCCCAAGGAAAGGAGAAGAAAUUAAACCUCUCUGUCGCGUUGCGAGCAAACCCAGCUGAUUGGGAGACCACUUACAAUGAUGCUGUCUUGAAUGGUAUUGAAAUUUUCAAACUAAGCGACUUCAACCGCAAUCUAGCUGGACCCAAUCCUGAUCCACUACCGAUGACCCCAACAACGACUACGCCGCCGAGCCAAUUAUUUGAAAAGCAAACAAGGGUUAGAGUCUUGAAAAUACUUGGAGGUGUGGUUUCCGGAGUGGUUGUGCUAUCGAUUAUCGGCUUCUUUCUUUUCAGGCGAGCCAAGAGAGUCGAGCGCGGGGGCUCGAGUGACAGGACAACGUGUUGGCAUCCGUUUUCGUUUUCUAAGACUAAGUCCACCCAGGCUAGCGGGAGCGGGACAUCUCUACCGUCUGAUUUGUGCCGUUACUUCUCAUUGACUGAGAUCAGAGCAGCCACCAACAACUUCGACGAUGUUUUUAUCGUUGGGGUUGGGGGUUUUGGCAAUGUCUACAAAGGGUGUAUUGAUGAUGGGGCCACCCCAGUUGCGAUCAAACGAUUGAACCCAGGAUCACAACAGGGAGCCCACGAGUUCAAGACCGAGAUCGAGAUGCUCUCCCAGCUCCGUCAUCUCAAUCUCGUCUCCCUAAUUGGCUACUGCAACGAUGGCGGCGAGAUGAUCCUCGUCUACGAUUACAUGGCCCAGGGGACCUUCCGUGACCAUCUUUACAACACUGAUAAUCCACCUCUUUCGUGGGAACAGCGGCUCGAGAUCUGUAUCGGUGCGGCCCGUGGGUUACAUUACCUUCACAGGGGCGCGAAGCAAACGAUCAUACACCGUGACGUGAAAACAACGAAUAUAUUAUUGGACGAGAAAUGGGUGGCAAAGGUGUCGGAUUUUGGGUUGUCCAGAAUCGGUCCCAUUGGUGUGUCCAUGUCCCAUGUAAGCACAGUGGUGAAGGGCAGUAUCGGGUACCUAGACCCGGAGUAUUACCGACGUCAGCGGCUGACUGAGAAGUCCGACGUGUACUCAUUCGGCGUGGUGUUGUGCGAAGUAUUGUGUGGAAGACCACCGUUGAUUCGCAAUGCUGAUAAAGAGCAACUGAGCCUUGCUGAGUGGACCCGGCAACGGUAUCGCAGGGGAAAGCUUGAUGAGAUAGUAGAUCCAUUUUUGAAGGGAAAGAUUGCGCCGGAGUGUCUAGAGAAAUUUGGGGAGAUCGCAGUAAAUUGUAUGCUUGACGAUGGAAUGGAGCGGCCAUCGAUGAGCGAUGUGGUGUGGGGCCUUGAAUUCGCAUUGCAACUGCAGGAGAGCAAAAAUCAUAAAAAGCCCGCGACUAGUGAUCAUUGUGAUGAAGGAUUGACAAGUAGCAGUGGACGAGCGGAGUCGAAUGGAAAGAGUGGCAGGGUGAACAGAAGUAUGGUUUCAGAUAGCUUCACAUAUGGGACAACGUUCUCUGAGAGCUUAUGGAUCCUAAAGGACGAUGAAGAAGAUGCAUGGUCGCUCGCAACCAACUUGUCAACUAUCUAGCCAAUUGAGAGAGAGAAAUGAUUUCCAAGUUCCAUAAUGUACUAGCUAGGACGUCCUUAAUUAAAGUCUGGAUAACAACAUUCCAUGCUACUACAAUGUGAAAGAUCUUGCAUGCCCCCAAAUAUUUAUUAAGCGGAAAAUAUCUAAAAUUAACACAGAAUUCAUAUUAUUAAAAUUAUUACUUAACCCAGAAGUCUAGAAAAGAUCGACCGGUCAAUU